UGACAGUCUGACAUUUGGUCAUUAAAUCAAAAUCUCAUAAAAAUAUCAACAUUGUGGCUUAAUUGAAAAAUAAUGAAUAAUAAAUUCCUUAUAUAAUUAAAGCGGCUACGUAAAAAUGAGAACCCAUUCAUAAAGAUUCAAGCCUGUAAGCGAAGCGUUUCGAAUGGUUUAAAAUGAAUCGCAGGAAAAGAAAGUGGAAAACUGUAAAAUGAAGAUAAUUACUUUUACCCUUUAUACAUUCACAAUCGCAUAUUUAUUUACGCAUCACACGAUCACAUCAGAAGCUCUGAGCAAAAGCGAAAAUGAAACAGUCACAGAAGAUUUUAUCGAGUCCCCUUUAUGCUGCAAUCUCACCACAGAGAGGGUGGAACUCAACUACACAUCAAAAAUAGUCGAAAAUGAAUACAUAGUAAUGUUCAACGCUUACUACAAAAGCAACGCACGUGAAAACUACAUUAACACAGCUUUAAACGCAUCAGGAAUAAAAAAAUGGAAGAUCUUGAGCCGAGAAAACCCAGCUAGCGAAUACCCGAGCGAUUUCGACGUACUUAUCAUCGAAGACAACGACAAACUGGAAGGUCUGAACGCCUUAAAUGACCAUCCCGCUAUCAAGAGGGUUACUGCUCAGCGUAUGGUUUCCAGGACGCUGAAAAUCAGUCCCUAUGUGAGAAUCGGAAGGACCAACCUUAACACCAAAUCUCAAUUUCGGCAUACCAACAGGAGGUUAUUGAGGGCCAUUCCUCGGCAGAUAACAUCUGUUUUACAGGCGGACUCUCUUUGGAAUAUGGGCAUUACAGGAAAAGGAGUAAAAGUAGCAAUCUUCGACACAGGACUCUCCAAAAACCAUCCCCAUUUCAGGAAAAUCAAAGAACGCACCAACUGGACGAACGAGAAAACCUACGAUGACGGCCUCGGACAUGGUACCUUCGUCGCUGGGGUUAUAGCGUCCAGCAAAGAAUGCUUAGGUUUCGCUCCCGACGCUGAACUACAUAUUUUUCGAGUGUUCACCAAUAACCAGGUGUCGUACACAUCCUGGUUCUUAGACGCUUUUAAUUAUGCUAUUCUGAAGAAGAUUAAUGUUUUGAAUUUGAGCAUUGGAGGACCAGACUUUAAGGACCAUCCGUUCGUAGACAAAGUUUGGGAACUUACAGCCAACAGAGUGAUUAUGGUAUCUGCAAUAGGCAACGACGGACCAUUGUACGGUACUCUAAACAACCCAGCAGAUCAAAUGGACGUCAUCGGUGUAGGCGGUAUUAACUUCGAAGACCAAAUCGCGAAAUUUUCAUCGAGAGGCAUGACUACGUGGGAGCUACCACAUGGAUAUGGUCGAGUGAAACCCGACAUCGUAACUUACGGCUCGGCCGUGAAGGGCUCGCAUAUCAAAGGCGGCUGCCGAACUCUUUCCGGGACCAGCGUGGCGUCACCGGUCGUGGCGGGAGCUGUCACUCUGCUUGCCAGCGGAGUUUUGCAUCGAGGCGACGUCAUCAAUCCCGCUAGUAUGAAGCAAGCCCUGAUGGCGUCGGCGAGGAGGCUACCGGGAGUGAACAUGUUCGAGCAGGGACACGGGAAACUGAAUUUAAUGAAGGCGUAUCAGAUCCUUAAUAGUUAUACGCCACAGGCAAGCCUCAGUCCUAGUUACAUAGACCUCAGCGAAUGCCCAUACAUGUGGCCUUACUGUACGCAACCCCUAUAUCACACCUCGGUGCCCGUCAUAGUCAACGUCACCAUUCUUAACGGCUUAGGUGUAUCGGGAAAAAUCGUCGGAAAACCCCAAUGGCACCCUUACACGCCCCAGCAAGGACAUUAUCUGGAAGUAGGGAUCACUUACUCGGAGAUACUGUGGCCUUGGUCCGGAUGGUUGGCUGUACAUUUGUCGGUAGCUAAAGAGGCAGCUACGUAUGAAGGUUAUGCGCAAGGCCAUGUGGUGGUUACUGUAGAGUCGCCUCCUGGAAGUGGAGAGUCGGAGGCUAGACAGAGUAUGGUGAAGUUACCAAUAAGGGCCAAAAUUAUCCCCGUACCCCCACGGCAUAAGCGAGUACUGUGGGAUCAGUACCACAACCUGAGGUACCCACCGGGAUAUUUUCCCAGAGAUAAUCUUAAGGUUAAAAAUGAUCCACUAGAUUGGAAUGGCGAUCACAUUCAUACCAAUUUCAAAGAUAUGUAUCAAAACUUGAGGAAUACGGGAUAUUACGUUGAAGUUUUAGGUUCGCCAUUCACAUGUUUCGAUGCAUCGCAAUACGGCACGCUUUUGAUAGUUGAUCCGGAGGAAGAAUUCUUUCCCGAAGAAAUCAUGAAGCUAAAACGAGACGUCGAUGCCGGUCUUUCUGUUAUCGUUUUUGCCGACUGGUACAAUGUUACCGUCAUGAAAAAAGUGAAGUUUUAUGACGAGAACACCAGGCAGUGGUGGAUGCCCGAUACAGGUGGUUCCAACGUUCCCGCCAUAAACGAACUACUGGCCUCGUGGGACAUUCAGUUGGGCGACAGAGUGUUUGAAGGAAAAUUCAAACUGAACGAACACGAUGUGUACUACGCUUCUGGGACUAGCAUUAGGACCUUUCCCAAGGAAGGCGUUGUGAUAGCUAGGGAACUAACUGACCAGGGGACUGAUAUCUUGGGCGAACCUGAAAAUACAAAAUACACCGUACCAAUCCUGGGCCUAACUCAGACCAAAUCCACAGACAAAAAAAGUGGUCGAAUCGUCGUGUACGGCGAUUCAAACUGUAUUGACUCAAGUCAUUUGGACACAUCGUGCUACUGGUUGUUAGACGCAAUAUUGGAAUUCACAGCUACCUCGCAUAUGCCUUCUGUGUUUAAAGAUAAUAAACUAUUGAGUUGGGACAGCGUAACGGAGACUGCGAAUCCACAUCGAAUGGAAGGCAAUCGUCUUUAUAGGUAUUCAAACGUGCUAGAAAAAAGCUUAGGCGAAGCUCAAGCUAGACCAAUUCCCCCGUGUCCUCAUUUAAUUUACACCCAGCCAGUACCGCUAAAUGUUUCUGCACCUAGCAAUCUUUACCAGUCACAGAAACUGCUCUCGCUUAUAGAAGAAGUGAACGUUCUACUGCCACUAGAUAAUAAUAUUAAAGAUUAAUUUCGUUUCCAGACGCAUCGGGCCUGGACAGCAAAGGCGAGUUCAUCGAAUGGAGCUGGCGCAACAAACCGACCACCGUGUCCAACAAGAACGAAAACUUCGACCUCACCCUCACCUUCCUCGUCUUUCUAUCCCUCGUCGUUAUUUAUUAUAGCGUCAAAUGGUACAAACCGAAGCCAAAGAAACGGAAGAUGUGCAAACGGUUGCUGUCUAUCAUUAAUUGUAGACGGACGUCGACUGUAUGAGAUUUUACGUACUAGAGAUACUUAAAUUUUAUUUGAUUUUACGAGUAUUUUAAACGAAAAGCUCUCGAAGGUUUUUAUGAUUCAUUUAAAUAGUAAUUUUCUCAAAAAAUAAUCAAUUCAAAGGUUUUUUUUUCGAGGAAACGCUCCCAGAUCAGCCACAUAGUGUUUCCAAGAGUUAAAUAAAGCAGAAAGAAUGUUAGUAAUCCCAAAAUAACCAAUAUGUGCAAUGCCGUAUUAUUAUUUUUGACUAAUACAUCUUGUUAAUGCUAGAAAUUUGGUAAAAGUUAUUCAGAACUAUUCAGAACAACUAUCUGUAUUACUGGUUGACUGCAUUCGGGUCAAAGUUCCAUUCACAAACCAUACAUACUCAUAGACAUUUCACGACCAUGUUAAUCUUUCGGAUCGAAUUAACGCCAUCUCUUGAUCGGAAUGGGAACUAAAUUGACAAAUUUUAGUUACGUGAGAAUUUCAAAUUAUAAAUUUUGCGGGAUUUUUGAUGAAAUUUCGCAGGAAAUUAAAACAACACAAAGACAAUUCAAUGUUUUAUUCCAUAUUUUACUGAAAACUUUAAAUAUUCCAAUUUGUUUUCAAAAUUCUAAACACUACUGCUAUGUGUCACGUGAAAGCACUGAUGUGUAUCGAGUUGAAGGAAAAUUUUUGAAAGAAUCUUGUAGGAUGAUUGUUUAGAUAAAUAUUACCUUAUAAUCUUUUACAAACUUCCAAAAAUAUAUAGGUCCGAAAUGUUGAUGACACACUUGUCUAUUGGAAUAAACUGUUUCAGGAUCUAUUAUAUUGUUUUUUUUAAUGUGGAGAAAUACAACACGGGAUGAUCAAUGUAAACUAAAAAUUCUACUCAUAAAAACGGAGAGGAGGUUAAUACACUUGAUUAAAAUUGUGAUUAAAUCUAAUUAAAAACGUAACACCACUAUAAUAAAAUAAUUAAGCCACAAACUGUAAAAUAAAAAGUAAAUAACAAAUUAAUUUAAUUGUCAACUGUCAGAAUAUGACAAGAGAAUUGACUGACAGCGACAUCUCUGGAUUGGAAUGGUAACUAAUUUGCUGUCUUGACCUUGACAAUUUACGUGAAACGUCUAUGAGUAUGUAUGGUUUGUGGUUCCAUUCUUAGAAUGAACCACGGUUCUUAGACAUUACUACGGUUGCCCAGAUCGACUAACCAAUGAACAUUAAGGGUGCGAUUACGUCACGAGUGUACUGUCAUUUGAAUCGUAAUAUGAUUUUUUUCGAAUCCUGAGAAAACUAAUAAGUAUUUUAGAAAAAUUUAAACGCAGAAUGAAAGAUUACAUUAUUACCGAGGGCGGAAAGCCCCUUAGAAUAAACAAGAAGUUUCUUUUGAAUGAAAUAUUUGAAAUUAAAUAUCACACUUCUCUUUUAUUUACAGCCCUGUAACUUAUUAAAAUAAACAUUACAGAAGUUUUCAGGGACUUUCGGCCCUCGGUAAUAAGGUAGUCUUUCAUUCUGAGUUUAAAUUAUUCAAAAAUAUUUAUUAGUUUUCUCAGGAUUCGAAAAAAAUGAAUACAAUUAAAGCACAUUGAGAAUUUUGACAUGCGUCAAAAUUUUGCAUUAACUCAAUGUAAAAUUCUAAACUGUUGAAUUCCAGCUUCCCUAAUUAUUUUACAUCAAAAAACAUUAGAAACUAUCUGUAGAGGAUUGACAUCUGUAUUGAAAACAACUGUUAAAAUUGGUCAACGAAUUAAACAUAUUCCAAAAUUUUGUAAAAAUGUAAUACAUUUCAGUUCUUCAGCCCAAAAUUAGGCUACACACAUGCAAUAAUGUUCACAUUUUUUAACUGUCAAUAUUUUUAUUUUAUCAUUUAUUUUUUAAAAACAAUACAGUUGAUAAGAUACCCUCAGUUGCGGAGAAAGUAUUAAUAUGCUUUUUCUCAUGAGGAUCUUUCAGUGAGUCACAGUUUUUCGAUUUCUUUCUAACGCAUUAAAUUCCAUGUGACAGAAAAAAUGCACGUCGGUGAUUACAUUUCGUCCAUAAUAAAGAUUUUUUAUUCAGUCAAUGGUGUGAGCACUGUCAGUUAAAUAGUAACGUGUGACCUAACUUUUACACGCAUAUCUAUUGUAGCAAAUGUAUCAUAUUUUUCAAAAUUUUGGAAUGCAUUUAAAUCGUAGAACAAUUUUAACUUUUGAUUUUAAUACAGAUUUUAAUUCUCUACAAGUAUUCUCUCAUGACUUUUGAUGUAAAAUAAUUAGGGAAGCAGGAAUUCAACAAUUUAGAAUUUUACAUUGAGUUUCCUAUGGCCCGUUUUACGAUUCACCACCCGGUAUAAGAUAAAAUGUGUAUUAUUUGUCUUAUUAUUUAAUAAUAACACAAAUAAUACACAUAUAUAAACAAUAACACACAUUCAAUGAUCGAAAAUCAUUUAAAAAUAUGGGAUUGUGUACUCUUGUGACGUAAAGUCAAAAAUAUAAAUCUCUCCACCACCGUCGGUCAAGACAACCGUAAUAAAGUCUCAUAACCGUGAGAAUGGACAGCCUAAGUCUGACGUCACAAAAUUGGGAGGAGCUUAUAUUGACUCCAAACAAUUUUGUUUGUAACCAUUUGUAACGUUAAAUGGUCAUAAGGAUUUUCCAUUUAUGUGCUUUGUGUGGCAAAUUAAGACUUCAUUUAGGUAUUUCGUUAGAGAAACGUGUUAAUUAAGAGAUUUUUAUUCGUUUUUGCUCAGGUGGUUUUUAUUCCUUAGUGGUUGAAAAUAAACAUAACCUCAAAACUGUUUACGUUCUAAUCAUUGCAUUAAAUUAACUCAACUGGGCAAAAACGAAUAAAAAUCUCUUAAUUGACACGUUUCUUUAACUAAAUACCUAAAUGAAAAGUCUUAUUUUGUCACACAAACCACGUAAACAAUAUAUUAAAAAUUCCUUAUAACUGUUUAACAUUAUAAACAAAAUUGAUUGGAGUCCAAUAUAAGCUCCUCCCAAUUUUGUGACGUCAAGACUUAGGAUGUCCAUAAGGUUCCAUUAGUUGAAAUGUAGACAACCAGCAAUUCGUGAAAUUGAAUAAUCACGCCAUUUAAUUUUUUUUAUUUGUUUAAUGAUCGUUUUUUAUAGCUUUUGUUCUAGUUUUGAUUUCAAAUUGUAUAAUGUAUUAUGGACAGAAACUACUUGUGACUUUUGUAAGUUCCGUUGAUCAUCAAAUUAGUUUUUUAUGGCAGCAGGACAUUAUGCAUGUUCCGUAUUGGCAGCUUUUAAUAGGCAUGGGAUUGCAGCAAUUUGAGCAAUUGUUAUUUCGAAAAAUCAUGGAAAGCCACGCCUCCUUCAGUUAUCAUUUUUGAGAUGACAACUGACCGUGAAAGCGAAAUACAUGUUCUGUGUUGUCAGUUGUCAAAAAUGGCAUUAGUGGAGGGAAUGUGGCUUUCUUAUUAUAUUGACAACAAUUUUCCCAUGUCUUAGCUUUGACAGCUCCCAUGACAGUUUACAUGAGACUAAUAUUGCAUAAAUUUCUAUUUAUACAUAUAUUAUGUAUUUAUUAUUCGCUUCAAUAUAUAGGUCUCCCCUAACUCAACAAUGAUUGAUUCAAUUUUUUUUCUUUUAAAUAGUUUUGGAAGUUUUCUUUUAUAAACUCAUUCAUUUUCUAUUAGCGGGCCAGAUAACUCAGGCGGUAGGAUGUCUGACUUCCUCGCAGAAGGCUGGGGUUCGAAUCCCAGCGCCGCCGGUGAGAACAUCUAGACAUAAAAAACGGGUCCCGGUGAAUUCGUAACUAUUUAAUCCCCCAUCCUAAUUACAGGCCAAUUGGCAACUCUGGCGCGCAGCUAAUUUUUCGAUAACCCACUACCUACCGGUGAAUUUGUAACUUUCAUUUUUGUAGUAAUGUUGAUAAUCUAAUACCGGUGUUCCAGGUAUGUACCUGUAUAAAUUACCCUCUGUGAAGGUGGUGUAAAAGGUAUUCAUCAUUUAUGUAUUGUCUCUUGAAAGAGUUGCUAGAGAAAAUCAAAAUAAAUUUUGUGAAAAUGGCUGAAAUUUCUGUAACACAUUUCGUAAUGAGUGAACGUGGGUGUAAGUUAUUGGUGGUAAAUAAUUUUAAAUUUCACUUAAAGAAAGUGCUAAAAAGUGGAAAACAUUUAUGGUGCUGUUCUGCCUUGCAACCAGAUGCAGAUUAAUGUUUUGAGUAGUAACAAACACUUAUGUUGGUUAUCAACAAGUUGAUGUCAAAAUGCACAUUUUUGCUAUUUUUUGUCUACCAGUAAGAAGAAAAGUAUUAAAAAAAAUUUAAGAUAACCGCAUUAUAGUGCAUGUAAAACAAUUUAAACAAGGUUUUAUAAAUCUUGCUAUACUUAAUUGUUGCUUAUAAAACUAUAAAUUAAGUCAAUUAAUAGUUAUUAAGGUACCAAGGGUAUUAUAAGGAUAAUAACGCUUGAGGUCAAUGGUGUAUAUACCGAGGGCCUUUGGCCCGAAGGAUAUACGUUGACCGAAAGCGUUAUUAUCUAUAAUACCCGUGGUACCUUCAACGUUUAAUGUCCGACCAAAUUAUUCUUUAUAUGCAAAAAAAUUUGAAUGAAUUUUGAAUUAAUUAGUUUUCAAAUAAGUACAUUUACCAGCAAUAGUCGUAACGUAAUUGUGGUAACCAUAGUUUUACUUAGGUUGUUAUUUGUCAACUUGACAGUAAUUAACUAGUUAUUUAAAUUUAAUGCUCUAGGGCAUUGUAUCAUUCUUAACUGACUUCGAAAUCAUGUCAUUAUUUGUCAAAUAAUAUACCAGUCGGACAUUAACGUUAACAACUUAUGUAAAAAUAAAACUAAAAAGAGCCCAAAGAAAUGAGUAAAAAUACAAGGUUUUUAUGACACUCAGUCCAACUACUAUAGUAUGUAACAAUUGUUUUAAUUUCUAUAUGGAUAGAAUAACAAAAUUUAUGUAAAUCUGACCAAUUUUUUCUCAAUUUAUUUAUUUUUUUCCGAUUUUAAGAAUUUUCGUCUAUAAGUUACAAAAUUUUACCAAAAUACUGAAAAAGAACUGAUUAGUUUAUUGAAAUAACUUUAAAAUGAGUUGAAGUAAAAUAGAAUUGGAGCUUUGUUUAUCAAUAAACAUCAAUGAAAGGUAUACAUUUGCGAUAUGCCCCGUGUUGGCUUAAUCCGUUACUGUUUAAAUUUAUUUCUUACGUUUUAACCUAACUACCUGAGGUAUUAGAUUUAAUCCAUGGUUUCGAAUUCACCUGUAGAAGGUUUCGAGUUGGCAGAUUCAGGUAGUAGAAAAGUUACGAAUUGGCCGGUGUUCUUUGUAUACCGUAGUCCCUAGAGAUAGCGGACUACCCUGCUUUAAUCCCAAAGCCGCGAUAGCGCUAUAAAAGGGAGACUAUUAUUAUUAUCAUUUUUUAUGUUGCGUUUCCUUUCCGAACCAUAAAUACCAAAAAAAUUUGCUACUUUUUGUUCAAUCGUAAAUCAAUCAAUCAGUCGUAAAUCAGAAAAUUAAUUAAUGCCGGUACAUGGACUUCAAGGAUUAAAGACAAUCACAGGUAAGAUAUCAGUCAUUGAAAGAUAGUAUAGGAGUAUAGCAUUGCAUUCUGUGGAUGAGGCAACAGAUUUGGGGAAAUAUAAGUUUCUUUUUAUUCAAUUGCGAACAAUUUAAGCAACAUUUUAGUACAAACUUUUUUCUUGUAGAAAAUUAGUAUACUUCUCCAAAUUCCUUGAUUCGCACUCUCCUUUUUUAGUUUUGACAUUGAACGACAGUUAUAUGUCGCAUGUAGCUAGAUAAGACAAAUUUGGAAGACUUAUAUUAACAAUUUUACGAACUCUUUUUACUUUAUAUCGAGAAUGUUAGACAAUAUUAUUUGUUAGUGUCUAGAAGAUUACACAGAUUACACGCAUGUAGAAGAUUAAAAGAUAGCAUUCUGCAGGUCCAUUCUGGAUACCAUAAAUUUCGCUAGUUAGUUGCCACACGCCUGCUAUAGCCUAUUCCGCGAAUAUACGCCUGUUUUGGAUUAUCGCGACAACGAAUAUUUUAGUGUGCAACAUAAGAAGUACUAAAGUAUAUUGCUCUAAUAAUUAUUCUAAUAAACAACAAUGUAAUUUGCAAUUUACUUUCGUUCUUUAUAUUUUGCACAGUAAAAUAUUCGUGGUCGCGAUAGUUCACAACAGUCGUAUAUUCGUGGAAUAGGGUAUAUUUUGUUUUUUUUUUAUAGGAACGAUUUAUAAAAACUUUUGAGAAUAAAACUAAUUUUAAUAAUAAUGAAAUUAGCUAGUAGGGUCUAAUUGUAGCUUUAUAGUUAUGUACAUAGGAUUUUUUAUUUAAAUUUAUUGUAAAAUCUUAAAUAAAAAUUAACAAAUGA